AUGUUCGGCCUCGCCAGGCCCAGGUCUUUCUUGAGUAUCAUCGCCGGGCGGCAUCUGCUCCAGGACACAGAACAGCAGAAGACCUGGCUGCAUGGCACGCUGUCCACAUCAAAAAAGAUGGCUGCCGGCUUGGCGUCACAAGCCAUCCCUGGAGGUGACAGCGUCAGCUCUGGCGGAAACGACGUGUUCGUCACUGUGGGUGGCGUCCAGGUCAUGGACAGCGAUGGCACGGCCACCGCCACCACCAGUAUCACUGCCGGCCCUCCGGUGGCGGCGAACACCUCCAGGCGACUGCUGACAAGCAGGCGGCUGCAUUCGGUACGUGUCCUGCAACAGGCUUCCGCUGGGGCCACCUCCGCCAGCGCCACUUUAUACCUGGCGGGGUCUGUAGCUACCGGAGCCGAAGGCUACACCCUCAGCCUCACCUACCUCCCCACAUCCUCCGCCACUGUGGUGGGUGCCCUCGGCUCAAACCUGCCGUCUACGGUGGCGUUGCGCAGCGGUAUUGCACAGCUGGACUGGGCGGCGGCCUCCAGCGCCGCCGCCGCCUCGCCGCCGGCACUCGGCGGUGCCAACAGCAUCUCACUGGCUAUCCCAACUACCAGUUACGAUGCCACCAAGAUCGGCACGUGCCUGCUGUACGACACGACUACGGCCACCCUUACUGGCGGCCUCACCGGCUUAUCCCCCGGUGCAGCUCCGGCGGCCUUUACGUCGUACGACAGCGCGACCGGCCUCGUGACGUGCAACGUCACUGCCGUGGGCGCCUACGUGGUGGCUCAGGGCCCGGAAUCCAUAAUCCCGCCCCCACCCCCCGCCAUCAUCCAGGCUGCCACCGUGCCGGCGCCCGGCGGCAAGGAGGGGCUCAGCAGCGGCGCGGUCGCGGGCAUCGUCAUUGGCUCUGUGGUGGGCACCUUGCUGAUAGUCGCCCUGGUAGCCGUACUUCUCAUCAGACGCCGCCAGCAGCAGCACGUGGCCGCAGCGCCCAAGCCAGUAACGGCAUCUUCGUCACGCGGGCGGGAUCCCGUUGGCCCCGUAGCGGAGGCGUGGCAGCCCACAGCGCAGCCGGUGGCGGGGUCCGGCAGCGCCGCGCCUGGGCCAUCAGGUGCAGCCGCUGACGACGCUGCCAACGCUGCUGACUUCAAUCCGAGCGGCGACAGCGGCGAUGGUGGCUCAGUGAUGCAGCCGGGUGAAUGGUCGUACAUCUUCGUCUUCUCACAACUGCCACCGUACGGCACGGCUGUCCUGUGCACACCAGCGCAAGGAGCACCUGCUGGAAGAGGCCCGUCCGGGGUUCACAUUGGCGGCCUUGCAGCCAUUGACACUCCCACCUUCAACGCCGAUCAGCACACAUCGGACAUCCUUCGCAUCUUUUCCUUGGAAAAGCUAAUGGUCGAGCAUCGCAAUAUGGCCCGUGAAAUAAAAAACAUUGAUUCGGAUAUGCAGCAACUUGUUUACGAAAACUACAACAAGUUUAUCACUGCGACGGAUACUAUCCGCACAAUGAAGUCAAGUAUCGACUCAAUGGAGGGGGAAAUGCAGCGACUUCAGCAGACAGCAAGCGUUGUGGCAGAAAAGUCGCUUUCUGUCAGCAACAAACUGCAGCAGCGGCGAGAGAGCAUGGAGCAGCUGUACAAGGUGCAGCGGCUGCUUCGCAAGCUGCAGACGGUAUUCGAGCUGCCCCGCAAGAUGCGAGCCGCCUUGGAGGAAGAUGCGCUAGACACGGCGGUGGGGCUGUAUGCGGAGGCGCAGCCGCUACUGCACAAGUACGGCGGCAGGGGCACCUUCAAGGUGAUCGCACUGGAGAGCGACUUUGUGGCGCAGGAGAUCUCGCAGCUGCUGAAGAAGCGGCUCACGGAGCGGAAGGAUGACGCAGAGCAGUGUGUGCUGCUGCUGCGCAAACUGGGAGAGCCGGAUGAUACACUGCAGGACAAGUACCUUUCUGGCCGGGUGGCGCGCAUCAAGCGGGUGCUGACGGAGGCAGCCAUGGUGGCGGACGCUAUGGCGGCAGCGGCGGCGGCCAGCGCAGGCGGCCAGCAGCAGCUAGUUCCACCACCGCCCAAAGCCCAGUUACCUGCCCCAGAGUCUUGGGGUUGGACUGGCGGUAAUCCACCGCAGCUGCGUGCCUUCGUUCGGGCGCUGGAUGAGAAGUUCAUCAAUGGAGUGCAGGAAACCGUCGUCAACGUGAUUCGAUUCUUCCUGCCGGAGGGAUCCGAGGACAGCCCUGAGGCUGCCGCUGCCAAGCGCAAGCCCUUGGUGACCCUCUCCCGGGAGCUAUUCGCCGAGUAUUUCGGGAUUGUAAGGCGUGUGGUGACAGACGCGGCCAAGGCCGGGGUACUGCGUGGAUCGCUUCUGCGGGAGGCGCGGGCGGAGGCGGGCAAGGCGGGCAGCAGCGCCGUGCUGUCCGCCAUUGCUCUGGCUCUGUCCACGAUGUCCACUGAUGUAGGGCUGCUGGCUACGCAUCUGCCAGAGCUGCAGCUCAAGGAGCGGGCGCUGGAGGUGGUGCAGGCUGCCAUCCAGCAGCACGUAACCUUGUCGUUUGCAGCGUUGAAGCAGCGUGUCAUUGACGCGGCGGUGGCGGGCAGUGCGUACCUCGUGGAGUUGCUGCAGCGGGGUCUGGCCGUGCUACUGCAGGGUCUUCGCGGUUACGAAUCUGCGGGCGGCUCCCGGCUGCUGGCCUCGUGGCGUGACCAGUGGGUGGACCUGGUCCAGGGGGGCCUGCAGAGCUUCUUCGGGGGCCUGCUCCUGGCUUCCCUUGAGCUUGCGGCGCUCAGGUAG